AAAUUAUUUCAAGUUAAAAUCACACACAGCACAGGUUGACAGCUGUCAAGGUCUGGCUGGCGUAUCCUAGGAGACUGUAACAGGCUUCUCAGUAUUUAAUGAUACAUGAGAAAAUGAACAGUUAGAAGCCUGAAAGAAUAAAAAGUGCUUUGUUUCCUCAUUAUUAAUACAUACAAAAGAAACAAUGGCACCAGCAGUACCCAAAAAAAUGCCCUCCAAAGUGUCGGAGAUAAGUAAAGAGCAUUCUUUAACAAGGAGUUAUGUAUCGCGACAAGAUUUGGGUACAGGUGAUAUAGAUUGGUCACGAGGAAAGAUGUUGCUGAAACCAGAUGACCAACUGCAAUUAACGGAUAUAGAAUUACAAGAAGAAUUUGCUAGAGUGUUAACUAUACAUAAUACCAGAGUGCCAGAUUCAUUAGUCGAAUGGUCAUGGAAAUCCCGAGAAUUUAUAAGAUUGCCUCCUCCACCACAUUUGGUAACUCUUCUGAAUAUAACUGGCACUAUAUUACACAAAGACUCUGAAGAAGCCAGAGUGCAAAUGACAGGAGGAGCAAUUGACGAGGAUCAGGAGGAGGCGUUAGAUGAGAAAUUAAAGCAUGAUAAAGCGGAAGAAGAAACAGAAGAUGAAGAAGAGGAAGAAGUAGAGGAAAUAGAUAAAACGGUGGAGGCGCUAGCCGAGGCUGAACGGGAGCAAGAGUUGGAAGCCGAACCGGAACCUGAGGAAGAGGAAGUAGAAAAGACAAAGCCCAAGAAAAUACCUAAUCAAUUUAAUUUCUGUGAGAGGGCAGCGUUGACAUAUGAUAAUCCUAUGAGGGACAUGAGUACGCAAACUAUACCUCCACCUACAGCAACUUUCAAUGCUAAUGUUUUACAAUGGACUAUCUUUGAUGAGUAUCAGGAAGAUUAUGCGCAACAACAACGCGAGAAGGAAAAGGAGAAGAAAGCACCGUUGGCACCACCGAAGAAAGAAGACGUGAAGAAAAAAGCCCAAAUGGAAUCUUCAGCAAUGACAAGCAGAAUGUUACAAGCCGCAAAAACAUUAGAACGAAUGGUGAACCAAAAUAUUUUCGACGAUAUAUUACAAGAUUAUAGAUAUUGGGAUGAUCCGAGCGACGAAUUCAAGGAAGGCGAAGGCUCUUUAUUACCUUUGUGGAAAUUUUCUUAUGAGAAGACUAAGAAACAUGACAUCACAGAUAUGUGCUUCAACAGCAGAUAUUACGAUCUCUUUGCAGUCGCCUUUGGAUCAUUGUCAUUUAACAGCCCAAUAACAAAUGGCACAGUGUGCUUAUUCAGCUUGAAGAAUCCAUCGUAUCCAGAAUGGAUUUGUCCGACGGACUCUCCCGUGAUGUGUCUGGAUUUUAAUGCUCAGCAUCCUCAUCUUUUGGUUAUUGGUACUAUGGACGGAGCAGUGGCGGUUUAUAAUGUAAUGUUACCGCCGUCCACCCCGCAAUACAAAAGUAACGAUGUUGUGCAGAAGCAUGGAGGGUUAGUAUGGGAGGUUCGUUGGGCGCCUGAUACGGAGGAAGGAAAUCUGGCAUUUUUCAGCGUCAGUAUCGACGGUACAAUAAAUCACUGGGUAUUAAACCAGAACGAUCUCGGCCUUACCACCGUUAUGACAUUAUUUCUGGACAAACCACCUAUACCGGGACCAGAUGGCACGAUGAUUACGCUGAAAGGAUGCGGAACAUGCAUCGCAUUUCAUCCAGCCGAUCAGAAUAUUUUCCUGGUGGGCACGGAAGAGGGUACUAUGUACAAAUGCAAUACGGCAUACAGCAGUAUCUACAUGAGAACAUAUCACGAAGCGCAUACGAUGCCAGUAUAUCGAAUAGUCUUCAACAAAUUCAAUUCCAGCAUCUUCGCCAGCUGUUCGGGUGACUGGCGAAUCAAGAUCUGGGAAGAUGAAAGACCGGAACCCUUGUUCAUGUUCGACCUGGGUGUUCCGAUUGGAGACGUUCAAUGGGCACCGUAUAGCUCCACGGUACUGGCUUGCGUGUCAAAUGAUGGCAAAGUUACAGUAUUCGAUUUGAAUGUUAACAAGUACAGACCGAUCUGUAGCCAACAAGUUGUUAGUAAACGAAAAAGCAAGCUGACCAGAUUAGCUUUUAAUAAUGCAUUGCCAUUUAUAAUAGUUGGCGAUGAUAAAGGUACCGUAAACACAUUAAAACUGUCUCCAAAUUUGCGAAUAAAAGUGAAACCAACUAAGAAGCAAGUGCACUUGUCGCAUAUGGAACUAGAAUCUAUGAAAUUAGAAAAAUUGCUCAGCUUUGUACGAGAGCCUCCAGUAUUGACUCCACCUAAAGAUGUAAGAAUAGUCACUUAAAAUGGAUCUGGAAUAAGAACACAGAUUUCAAUAUUUUUUUUUAAACAACAGCGCUUUAUUAAUAUAUUUGCUAUAACAGAUGGAUAUACAUAUACAUAUCUAUAUUUUUACAAAUAAAUUGGUAUUAUAAUUAUGCAAUAGAGAGAUCAAAUAGUUCUACGAAGUAGUUUAUGUACCUGAACUCUUAUUGCCAAAAAAUCGUUGUAAUAAAUAGAAUAAGUCAGCAAUUCACUGUUUAAAACCAAGAAUCUAAAUAAAUUGAUUUAAAUUAAAAUAAUUCAAAA